UUCCCAUCAAGUGCUCCAUUGACAUCUACACAUUCAAAUAGACUUGAUUCGCAGGCUUUUUACCACUCACAAUCAAAUAGGAAUAAUACAUUUAGUUCAUAUUCUUCAUUUGCUCGAAGAACUCUUGAGCAAAGGAUUACAACUAUUAAAAAUCAAGAAUCAUUACCUCGUUAUCAAACUUCAAAUAGCAUUUAUUUUGACAAAACUUUUGCACGACAGGCUGUUUAUUCUCGCAAAUUACGAUGGCUUCGUCAGGCACUUACAAUUAUCAUGAUAGGAUUUAUAGGAUUCUAUUUAAUAUAUAACUGGUUUAUACAUAACAACAACUUAACAAAAUACUCUUUAGUAUCUUCACAAACAUUACAUAAUCAAAGUUACAUUCGAAUACCUUUUGAUGAACAAGAAUAUUUAAAAUAUGAUUUUCGACUCGAAGAUUUUCCGGAACCCGAUUUUUUUCAUUCAAAUGAAUUUAUGAAUCUUUCAGAAGUUGGUAAAUUAAGGACAAUUGAUUACACUUAUCAUGAAAAAAAUUUAUAUGCCAUAAAUAAUAAUGGUGGUAGGAAUGCGGCUCUAGCUCAUGGUAAAUCUCAACACAAUGCUAGUUGGAUUUUACCAUUCGAUGGAAAUUGCUUUUUAACUCCUAACGCGUUUUCUGAUAUUCGACUUCAUUUAUAUAAAUGGGGUGAAAAAUAUAAAUAUUUCAUUGUACCGAUGGCGAGAUUGAUAAAUAACUCUCAAUUGUUAAAUGGAUCAGAUACACGGCCUAUCACUCCAGAAGAACCUCAAAUCAUCUUUCGUUAUGAUUCUAAUAAAACUUUUAACGAAAAUAUGCGUUAUGGUAGAAGGUCAAAAUUGGAUAUGUUAUGGCGUUUAGGUGUCCCAACUACUAGUAGAAAUUUUAACAGAACAUCUGCUCCAUGGGAACCUCAUCAUGGUCUUUACAAAUUUGUUGAAAGUGACCAAUAUAAAACAAUUGGUUGGGUUUUUCGUUUAUUUUCCGGUCAAGCAUCACAAGAAUUGAAUCAAAAAGAAGCCAGUGCAUUACGUUCGUUUAAUCGGUUGUUGGCAAUUCAAGAAUUUAUAGAUGGUCUAGAUGAACGAAUUGCUCGAAAAGUUCGUGGCUUUGAUCCUUUUCGAUUAUUUAUUUAUGAUGAAAAGUUACUAAAUCAAGCAAGAUUGAAUUUUUGGUUACAAAUCCCUGAUGUAGUUGAAAUAGUUCAAGUGUUGAUCAAACGUGCUGACGAAAUAUUAUCAGUUGCAAUUAAUUUAUUUGAAUUGGAACGUGACAUUCAAGAUAAUGAAAAUACUCUUGUACAUUUCUUGAAACCAAAAUCAAGUAUUUACAAAUUAUCACAUCAACCCGUUGAAUCUGUUGAUAAGACUAGAAAUUUCCACUCCGCUGUCGAUAAUGACAAGAUCUCUCAAAAUAUUAAUUUUGAAGAAUACUUUUCUACACCUGACUCAUUUUUUGAAAAUAUAACGACUUUGGUUUUGGCUCAUUAUUUUUCAAGUUAUGGUUUCCCAAAUUUAAAUAAGAUUCCACGAUCCAUUCCAAAACUUUUCAAUGUUGGUUCUCCAUUUUUGAUCAAUAUAACCGAUGCUGAUCCUAGCUUUUUUUUAGAUGCGUGUAGACUUCUUUAUCGUACAAAUGUACUUAUUCAUAAAGAAUAUAUGGACCUUCGAAUGUUUGCUUCUGAUUGGUUAGAGGUUCUUAUAAAUUCUAAAGCUGAGAGAAACUCUGAUCAUCGUGGUAUAAUCUUUGAUCUUCGAGUAUUAUCAUUGGCUGGAUUUGUUGAUGAUUUAAGACUUUUUCUUCGAAUAGUUAAUCGUGUUCGGAUGCGAAUUGGAAAACAAUUUUAUGUCUCAAACGAUUUGUCAACACAUGAGAUUAAACAAAAUUAUGAGAUUAUGUAUGUUCAGAAUUUACUUGAUACUGGUAAAAUUAAACCAUCAGAUUAUGAUGAGAACAUUUUUAGAUAUACAACUUUAAAUUUACACUACUGGUUGCUACUUAUACGAGGUGUACAAAAUGGGCGUUGCGGUUCAAACAUAUGGCAAUAUACGGCUAAAGAUGGACAAAGGAUUAGUAAAGUCGUUAUGGAACAUUUAAAGCUAUACGCUAAUAAAAUGCAUGAUGUGUCUUUGAUACAUAUAGCAAGGACUGCUUAUAUAAUUAACAAACUCAAACAGUGCACAUGGAAGGAACCAAAAGAUGAACUUGAGUACUUCCAACAUCUAGCAAAUGUUGGUGACACGAUGAAAUUUAAGUUGGGAAAUCAAAUAAAUGAUGAUGAAUUAAAUACAAGGAUUGGGAUAGGGAAUGAAGCAAGACGGCGAGGUUUACCACCUUUUUGGAUGCUUGGUAUUUAA